AUGGUCGCGACAACGGCCGAAGAAAAGUUCGAGCUCAUCACUCGGGAUCUCCAGGAGGUCCUGGGUCCAGACAUCAUCAAGAACAUCCUCGCGGAGGGACGGACACCGAAGUGCUACUGGGGAACUGCAUGCACUGGCAGACCACAUAUCGCCUACUUCGUCCCCCUCACGAAGAUCGCCGAUUUCCUGCAUGCUGGUGUUGAGGUGACGAAGCCAUUGCUCCGAUUCUCAUGCCCAUUCCUAGACGUCCAUGCCUUUUUGGAUAACUUAAAGGCCCCCAUCGAGCUCGUAGAGCAACGCUGCAAAUACUACAGAUUUGUCCUCAUGGCUGUCUUCGAAACGCUAGGCAUACCCACGAGCAAGCUUCGCAUCGUCGAGGGCUCGUCCUACCAAUUGACAAAAGAGUACAACAUGGACAACUACAGACUGUGCGCCAUCGUCACCGAGCACGACGCGAAGAAGGCCGGCGCCGAGGUCGUGAAGCAGGUCGAGAGCCCCCUGCUCUCCGGGCUGCUCUACCCCGGCCUCCAAGCUCUCGACGAGCAGUACCUCGGCUGCGACUUCCAGUUCGGCGGCGUCGACCAGCGCAAGAUCUUCACCUUCGCCGAGGCCUACCUCCCCAAGCUCGGCUACGCCAAACGCGCGCACCUCAUGAACGCGAUGGUCCCCGGGCUCGCGGGCGGGAAGAUGUCCGCCUCGGACCCGAACUCGAAGAUCGACUUCCUCGACCCGCCCGAGGUCGUGCGCAAGAAGAUCAAGGCCGCGUUCUGCGAGGAGGGCACGGUCGAGGGCAACGGCGUCCUCGCGUUCGUCGGCGCGGUGCUCAUGCCCAUCAGCCGGCUGCGCGCGGAGCAGAAGGCGGCGGGGGAGAGCGCGCCGGGCGCGCCGGCGUUCGUGAGCCCGAAUGCGCCGGAGGGGACGCUGUUCUCGGUGGAGAGGGAUGAGAAGUUUGGCGGGUCGCUGCAUUAUGCGAGCCACGCGGCGCUGUGCGCGGACUAUGCGAGCAAGGCGUUGCACCCGAAGGACCUGAAGGGCGCGGUCGCGAGUGCGCUGAUCGCGCUGAUGGCGCCGAUCCGGGCGGCGUACGAGGCGAGCGAGGAGUGGCAGGAGGUGACGAGGAAGGCGUACCCGGAUCCGAAUGCGAAGCCGGAGAAGAAGAAAAAGGUGGGAGGUGGUCGGGUCGUGCUCUGA